AUGAUCGAUAAAUUCUCGUGCCUUAAGAAGCCAGCAGAUAAAUUUAUAUGUGGACCAUGUAUGUGGGCGUGGGUGUGGGCACCUCUAAUACCACUAAUUAUAUGGGGUUUAGUUAGUGCUAAUUCGUAUAGAGAAAAACAAUAUGAACGGAGUCAGUAUACAAAUACAAGCUGCCAAUUACUGAAAUAUUCGUACUCAAUUGGCUCUUGUGAAAAUUGUGGUGAAUAUCAAUGUUACAAAUACAAAUGUUAUAAUGAACAAUUUGAUGUUUUGUAUUAUGUUUGGUGGGGAAAACAUAUUUACGCCACAAUUACAACUAACGAUUCUCGUGAACAGCACCCGAAUCAACAAGUACCAAACUUCAAAUCUUCUUCUAUCACAAAACUAUGA